AUGACGGGUUAUUUUGUCACAUGCUCGGUGACUCUCCUAAUAGCUGGAAGUGUGCUUGGUCGGCAAGCAGAGAGCCUUUAUGAUAAUGCUCUUUCGGGAGAUGAACCCAGGAGUUUAGCAGAAAACGCAGACGUACCGACAUCAUUUCUAGGAACCGAUUUCCGAUUCCUGUUUAGGAUCUAUAAUGAUUGUUCGCAGAGGGACAUGAGUUCGUGCUUGAAGAUGAAACUUGUAACAGCUUUGGAUCGGGCACUGAAAAGUCGCUCAGAUCUGAAGGUGUUUGAAGGGGUGGCUUUUACCCGUGAUCCUUCAGCGAUUAGUGAUACAAGUGUUAAUGGGAAUCCGAUAAGUGAAGCGGAGCUGGAGGCUAGUCUCCCACGAGGACUCCAAGAUAAGGAAGAUCUUCUGGAUGGACUGAUUAUGGACAAAAUCCUGGCAUUCUUCAAAAACCAUGUACUUCAAUUCAAACUGCCGUCUGCACAAGAAUUCCAGAGAAGUCUGGCAGAAGAGGGUCGGAGGAGAAGAAGGGGCUCCGGGAUGUAUAUCCUUUUCCCUAUACUGAUCCUGGGGACCCUCGUUCCCUUGGCCCUGGGAAAACUGGCGCUCCUCGCCGGCAAGGCCUUCAUCAUCAGCAAGCUGGCUCUGGUUUUGUCAGGGAUCAUUGGACUCAAGAAGCUGCUUGGAGGUUCCGAUGGAGGGCACCACGAAUCCUCAUACCAGGUUGUGUCUGCGCACGGUAGCAAGCGCAGCUUCGAAGACCCUCAUCUGUUGGCUUACAGGAGCUACGCCCCCUC